UUGCCCUUAGAGAGAUCGCCAAAUUAUACAAAUUGGGAGAAAUAAGACUGAAAGAAAUUACUUCCCUAACUGGCGAAAAUCCUAGUUUUAAAGACUUAAAAUUACAACGUUGGCAGGCUAGUUAUCCUAAUUUAUUCCAGUUGACCGAUAAAAUCCAGAACUUAUAUUAUGACACUGGCAUCCAUCCGGCCGGAGUUAUCAUUAGUGAAAGUUCAUUAACUGGUUCGGUGCCCUUGAAGUCAGAAAAAGAUUAUUUAUUAACACUCUUCGAGGAGGAUAAGUUAGCCGAAUUAGGACUAAAAAAAUAUGAUUUUUUGAGUUUGCGGGAAACGCUUGGUUUUAUUCGUGAAGCAAGGGAAAUUCUAAAAGUUAAUUUACCUGAUUACCGGGAAGUGAGCCUAACUGACCAGAAAACUUGGGGGUUGUUAGAAAAUUUCCUUUUGACGGGUAUUUUUCAAUUGGAUACCCCUUCGGCUCGUUCUCUUUUUAAUCGUUUCUGUCCGCAAAAUUUUGCUGAAUUA